UUGUUAGUUUAAAACUCUAUUUCAGAAAAAUGUCUCUCGGCGCAUUUUUUGGUCUGGACAAACUGCAGAAGUUGGCGCGUAUGGUUAAAAAUCAUGGAGGCGUUAAGGCAUCUUUAUAUCAUCUUUACUUAACAGAUGAUCUCAAGGAGGGAAAGCUGGUUGGGGAGGACGCCGCCGGAAAUAAAUAUUUCCAGAAUGAUCAAUAUUUUUAUGGACGCAACAGGUGGGUUAUUUACAACCCUAAGCACAAUGUUGAUUAUGAUGGAAGCAUGGUCCCUGCUGAAUGGUUUGGUUGGCUACAUUACAAAACUGAUAAAACACCAAUUGAGCAGCCACCAGUUAAGUACGAUUGGAUGGCCAAGCACUCAGUCAAUACAUCUGGAACCAAGGACGCCUACAUGCCCUACACGACCACCAAGCCUAAGAUCCAGUCCUGGGUGCCUCCCAAAAACUAGAUAGAUAGAUAUUGAGUAGUCAAAAUGAAAAAAUAUGAAUAUAAUAAAUUAAGAAUAAAAAGAU